ACACCUCCAAGUCUUCAUCCUCUUUACCCAGCCUUUAUCCCCGUACAAAAACUUCUGGCAUAAUUUGUGAACUGGCGUAUCUAUAAUGGUUGUUCAGACUAGCACUGCGAUUCCAAAUCCUGCACCUGUCCGUAAAAACCGCCGUAAGAUCUCGAAGAAAAAAGCACCUCGCACAGCUGGCGAUGAGGUCGACAUGGACGACGACGAGCAUCCCACGGGCGGACCAUCCUCAUCCCCAUCUGCAGACGUGCCAUCAAACGACAUUAUGCAGGAAGAAGACGACGACGAGCUCAUGAUCGACCCCGACUCCGCCUCAGCCGCCCUCUUUCCUAACGCCAACUCCUCUGCCCCAGCUUUCGAUGCCGCUCCAGCUUCUGCCGUACGAGGAAGUUUGAAGAGUGAGACGAGGAGAGUGCCGAUACCACCACAUCGCAUGUCACCGCUGAAGAAGGAUUGGGUGAAUAUUUUUGGGCCUUUGACGGAGAUUUUGGGAUUGCAGGUUAGGAUGAAUGUGCAGAGGAAGGCUGUUGAGAUCAGGACAUCGAAGCUUACAAAGGAAGUCGGUGCGCUUCAGAAGGGUGCUGAUUUUGUGAAGGCGUAUGCUCUGGGUUUCGAUGUCAACGAUGCGAUUGCUCUACUUCGUCUAGACGACCUGUACCUUGACUCUUUCGAGAUCAAGGAUGUCAAGACGCUCCACGGCGACCAUCUUUCUCGUGCUAUCGGUCGGAUAGCCGGACAAGACGGCAAAACAAAAUUCACCAUUGAAAACGCAAGUCGCACACGAAUCAUCCUCGCCGACACUAAAAUUCACAUCCUCGGUUCCUUCCAAAACAUUAAAAUCGCUCGUGAUGCCAUCGUAUCGCUCAUUCUCGGGUCUCCCCCUGGGAAGGUCUACGCAGGGCUCAGGACUGUCAGCUCCCGGAUGAGGCAGAGGGCCCUUUGAGCUCGAGUCUAAUCCCGGUUGCAGGGCAUGUUAUUCCUUGUAUUUUGUUUCGCACUUUUCCUGGUGGCUGGUUUGGAUAGAUUUGUAUGGCUUUCUACGUGUAUACAACGAGCAUGCCUCCGCUGUUGUUUGUUUUCCAUAAUCUCUAUGCCUUCUAGGUCUUAUUUUCGAC